CGCGGCGCUCGCCGGUCGGCUUGACGCUGGUGCUGCCGCGCUGCAGUGCGGACAAAACGCAUCUGCGGUUCUGCGGUUCUGGACCUCUGCGAGGAGAACCGCGGCCCUCUUGCAGAUUCCGCUUCCGGUCCACGCGGACUCGGACCAGGACCGGGAGCGGGUUUGCGUCAUUUUUACUGGCUCGGAGUCGGAGGCCGCGCGUGCACCUUCACGCGGAGGCUCGGGGUUCGGCUCGCGAGGACGGGCCCGCUUUCCCGAUGAAGAGUCCCAAAAGACGGAAGCGGAGGAGCGCCAGAUCAAUGGCUCGUUCAAGCUGGGAGCUGCUCGCGUUCUUCACGGAUUACAGAUGCAGUGCUUAGGCCCCGCCCACCAGGACAACGCCAACAUGAACGGCGCCGCCGAGCAGGCCGACAUCCUGCCGCCGAACCAGAUGGUCAAGGACAGGUGGAAAGUGCUGAAGAAGAUCGGCGGCGGCGGUUUCGGCGAGAUCUACGAGGCUUUGGACCUGCUGACCCGGGAGAACGUGGCCCUCAAGGUGGAGUCGGCCCAGCAGCCCAAACAGGUUCUGAAGAUGGAGGUGGCCGUGCUCAAGAAGCUGCAGGGUAAAAACCACGUGUGUAAGUUCAUCGGCUGCGGCAGAAACGACAAAUUCAACUACGUGGUGAUGCAGCUUCAGGGUCGCAAUCUGGCCGACCUUCGGCGCAGUCAGCCUCGCGGGACCUUCACCAUGAGCACCACGCUGAGGCUGGGCAAGCAGAUCCUGGAGUCCAUCGAGGCCAUCCACUCCGUCGGCUUCCUGCACCGAGACAUCAAACCCUCGAACUUCGCCAUGGGCCGCCUGCCGUCCACGUACAGGAAGUGCUACAUGCUGGACUUCGGUCUGGCCCGCCAGUACACCAACACCAGCGGGGAGGUCCGGCCGCCGAGGACGGUGGCGGGUUUCCGAGGGACGGUCCGCUACGCUUCGGUCAACGCUCACAAAAACAAGGAGAUGGGUCGCCACGACGACCUGUGGUCACUCUUCUACAUGUUGGUGGAGUUUGCCGUCGGACAGUUGCCGUGGAGAAAGAUCAAAGACAAGGAGCAAGUGGGUCAGAUCAAAGAACGCUACGACCACCGCAUGUUACUCAAACACAUGCCGUCCGACUUCAACGUCUUCCUCGACCACGUCCUCGCCCUCGACUACUACACCAAGCCCGACUACCAGCUGCUGAUGUCGGUGUUCGAGACCAGCAUGAAGGAGCGAAUCAUCACCGAGAACGAGCCUUUCGAUUGGGAGAAGGCGGGCAGCGACGUGACCGUGUCCACCAGCGCCUCCACCCAACCGCAGCUCAACACACGGCCCACCGCCGCCAUGGUCGGGGCCAUCGUGACGCCGGUGCCCGGAGAUCCUCAGCGCGAGAACACGGACGACGUCCUCCAGGACGAGCACCUGAGCGACCAGGAGAACGCCCCUCCGCCGCCCGGAUGCGCGCGCGGCGAGUCGCUAGUGCAACGCGGCGGCGAGCCCGGCGAGGCCUGGGAGGACACCGACUUCAACCGCAACAGACUCAGGAUCAGCUUGAACAAGGAGGAGGAAGCGGGCCACGCCGCCUGUCCGGCGUCUCCGGUUCGCGGCGGAGCUCCCGACUCGCCCUCGGGGCAAGGGCGGCCCUCGCGAUACCGGCGGGUCAAUAGUCCCGAGUCAGAACGUCUGUCAGCCGCGGAGGGACGCACGGACGCCUACGGUCAGAGGUCCCGGAUGGACAUGCUGGGCUCUCCUUCCCGCCACGUGUACUCGUCGCAGCCGGCGCAGAUGCUGUCGGUGGACCCCGGUUGCCGCGGCGACCGACAGGCCAGCGGCCGGCAGGAGGUUUCGGCGGCGUCGGCGGACCAGGAGGCGCACAGCAAUGCGUUCAUACGCUCGGUCCCGCUGGCUGAGGAAGAAGACUUCGACAGCAAGGAGUGGGUGAUCAUCGACAAAGAGGCGGAGCUUCGAGACUUCCACCCGACCACGUCGGGCACCACCGACGACGAGCCCGAGGAGCUGCGCCCCCUUGAGGAGCCGCAGGAGGAGCGCAGGAAGGGCCGCACGGCAUCAGGUGUGGAUCCGGCCGUCCGUCCCAAGACGCACGGUCGCGGGAUGGUAACGCUAACCGAGGAGGAGGCGUCACGGAGGAGCCUCGGCGGCGCUAGCCCCGCCCACUCGCCGUGUCACUCCCUGCCGUCGGGACGACCUCGCCGCCGAGAGUCGGAACCCAACGGGCCGCACCGGCCGGCAGCGACACCCCCCUCGCCGGUCGGCCUCUCGCCCGACGCUUCCGCGCCGGGCGGCCCCCCGCCGCCCUCGCCCGACUACCGCACCAAGGCCGACGGCGACGAGCGCGAACGCUUCCACAUCCUGCCCAAGCUGCAGGCCAAGCGUGGCGACUUCCUGACGGUGAUGCUGACGGGAACUCUGCAGCGGCGCCGCACGUUCGCCCCCGGCGUCGACGACGCCUCGCCGGAACCGGGCUACGACGACGUGACCAAGAGCGAGUCCGACAGCGAGGCCAGUCCCAAGAGCUCAGAGCGCAGCCAGGACGCCGCCCCCUCCACGCUCAUGGCCGAGGACCAGAGAGGCGCCAGGGAGCAUCCCUCUGAGGGCGACCCUGACUUGGAGGACGCCUCCAAGACUCUGGUCCUCUUCUCCCCCGGAGACACUCGCAAGUCCCCAUCCGGCGACCACGCGCAGGAGGGCGAGUUGGCCACACCUUCCGGAGCGACCCCCUGCCAGGACCGCCUUCCUCUCGGAGACGUAAUCCGACCCUCGGACACAGGUCGCCUGUCCCCCGCUUUCAGACUGGACGUACGGCCGUCCACGCCGGUUGCCCCGGCGUCGCCCCCGUUUACCAAAGUGGAGCGCACUUUUGUACACAUCGCAGAGACAUCACACCUGAAUGUCAUGUCUUCCGACGGGCACGCCGCCCGGGAGACGGACCGGGACGUCGUCGCGGGAGGCGGACCGGGAUCCGAGCAUCUAACGGCUUUGGACAAGAAUCUUCAAACUGAAAAUGGUCCUUUGGAGCCGGUCACGGAAGCAGUUUCACCAGAACCGAAAGAUUCUCUGGAGCAGAAAUCCUACAACGAGGAAGCCUCUCAGAUCCACGAGAACUCGGAACCUUCAGUGGCAAUCAAGUCCAGAAUCAGGAGCAGAAUUCCUGUUCUGAUCUCAGAAGAAGGCUCUGAACCAUCAGCCUCGCUCUUGGCUCGAGCUCGCCUUCAACAGCACACCAGACAGCUGGACCUGGACUUGGGUCGGGCGCUGGCCCAGAGGCAACAGGGUCGCCGGGUGCGGCGGCGUGUCUGGUCCGGGACGUCGUCCUCGUUCUCCUCAGGAGACGGCGAGCAUCGCAGGACCUCAGAAACCUUGUCCACCGCCGGAUCGGAGGAGGACACGCACAUCUCGGACGAGCUGAAAAGGAACUCCGGGGUCAGGCAGGAAGACCAGACCAGAAGUCGGAUCCCCAGGCCUGUCACGCCCAUCAAAAGAGCUCCUGGGAAAAUAGCUGCCGUUCCGUCUCCGCUGGCAUCUUCGGUGCCGUCCUCCUCUUUCAGGAAGGCAAAGUCUCAACGAAGGUCCGCAGCCGUCCCGUCGCAAUCAUCCUCCUCGUGCCCCCGUCCGUCCCCCGCCCCCGUACAGUCCGGUAGUCCUCGUGCGCCCCUCAGACUCCUCCUGGGGACCCGUCGCAGCCUUAGCUCCGCCCAAUGCAGGACCGACAGCCCCUCCCCUCAAAGAGCGCCGGCGCGCUCCAGACCUUCGCUCUCCGUCCGAGCCCCGACCGUCCCCGUGCUGCCGCCCAGGAAUCCGGCGGGCAUGCGGCGCAGCGCCUCGCAGGAGGCCGCCGUCGCCCCCUCGUUGUCGGGAUCCUUCCCCGCGGCCAGGUGGUCUCGGUCCAGAGCGGCCGUGAAGGCAAACUCCAGGGAGAAGGCCGCCCCGACUAGAUAAUACAAAGAAAGUCCUGUUUGGUCCGCGUCGCUACCUGAACCGAGUCCUGCGCGGACUCCGGUUCUUGAUCUGGAGGCUGACUCGGCAUGCUUCGAUCCUCAUGAACGCUGUAAAUAAUCUUCGUAACCAUCUCAUUAUUCAUCAAUUUAUCUUCAACUACCACUCGACUGCGGCCAUUUUUUUUUGUUUUUGUUCUUGCUCUUCUGACACUUCACACAUAAACGCGAACGUGAAAAAGUCAAUUAAACAAACGCAAAGCCCAAAGUGCUCAAGCGUUAUUUGCCGAGCAUGUCAAAAACACGAGGUUCCGCUCUCGAACCACUACCGACAGCCGCUGUGAGGAAAAACAAAGAAAAAAAAAAUACGCGGCGGGAUUCGUAAGAAACCGUGCCGACGUUGAUGCAGAGAUUCUGCAAAGGAUUUGGCAAAUCUCUGCGAGAUUCCGCUAACGUGACGAUUGUGCAACUGGCGCAGAAGGAGGCACAAGUGGCGCCAUCGUCUGGAACAGCGUAAACGUGCACAUGUUCAUCGGAGCUGCCAGUCGAAGUUCUACCUGAGCUCGAUCGGGCCGCUUGGUCGCUUUUCCCACCGCAGGCUUUGCACCUUUGGGUUUGUGCCCGUAUGUCGGCGCUAACCCUAAUUCGAGUGAGAUCGGACGAGGUCCGAGACCAGCGCACAGUACCGGA